GUGGGGAGGCCCCAGUGUGGGAUGGGGGUCUAAGGGAUGGGGCAGCCCCAUGCCCAUGCUGUUCCUGCUCUCUGCUGAAGGCUGAGGGACCAAAGCUGCCCCUGUCGCCUGGGGGUGCUGGGGGGCUCUGAGUAUCUUUUCCUGCUAACAGCAGCAGGAGGAUGUGUGGAGGUCCUUGUUCUGAUGCCCCCGAGUCCUUUUCUCCCCAGGCUGCUCUACAACCUGCGAUACCUGGGACGGAUGAGCAUUGGGAAGUAUGGUGGAAAAGAGGUGCUUGACCAGGCCAUCCCUGCUGUGCUGGAGAGGCACUUGACUGCACAGGAGGUUUUAUUUGAUGUGAAGGAAGCAGAAGUCCUGGUACAGGAGAAGACUUCUUCCAAGCUCCUGUGCCUCUACCCGUACCCCACCAUCUCCUGCGUGGGACGUUGUGUGGACAGCAGCAAUUUAUUUGCUUUCUGCGUGGCCACUUCCCCAGAGAGCCCGGAUGGGAGCACGUUUGACUGCCUGGUGUUUGCAUCAAGUUCUGAGCAAGAAUGCGAGGAAAUCAUCAGGAGAAUGGCUGCAGGGUUUCAGCACACCGAGUGGUUUGUCUGAUAAGCAGAGCCCUGGCUCCAGCCCCGAGCGCCGCAGGCCCCGGCUCCCUGGAGCCGGAGUGGGGGUGGUUCUUGGGCGGUCGGUGUGGAAGGAAGCGCGGUCAAGGCGUCCGCUCUGCAGACAAUGGCGCAGACACCCGAGACUGACCAACCGCCUGCUUGCUGGAACGAACCACGGCUCCUCUUCCUCCCCUGAACACUUCUGUCACAGCCUUUGAUUUCAUUGAAAUAAAUCCAGGUGAGCGAGCUAAACUACUUCCCUGUGCUACAUCUUUGUGCCAGCUCCAGCCUCCCUAGUGCAGCCUGUUAUUCAGGAGCGAGGCAAUUUAGAGGCUAAUUACCUCUGUUUCAGCCUCAGUCUGAGCAGCUUUCCUCACCCACAGCCUAACUGGGUACAGCUGUUCCCAGUCUCUGCUGAGGAAACCAAACCCUGUCUAAAGCUCUUCUGGUUUGCAUAUAAUCCCGGCAUCAAAAAACUCAGAAAAGGAAAUAAGCAUCUUGCAGAGCUCCCACCCCAGCCUGCCUGGCAGCCUUUAUGCUCUCAGCUGUGAAAAUUGCUCCAACACUUACACCCCAUCCUGCUGCUGGGAUGAACUGGGACUUCCUCACCCAGCCAGCAGCAACACCCAGCUGCUGCUUUUGCUUUGGACAGAGCAGUCACACCACCAAAAUAAACCUCCCCUUCCUCCUCAUGAAAGAAGAGCCGAGCUAGAGCUGUGCCUGAAGAGCUGACCCUGUGAGCAGCUGAGCUUUAGAAAAACGCCAGGAGCCCCCAGAGGAGGCAGAAGGUGCUGCUGAGCCUGGGACUGUCAGUCGAGCUGUUCCUCCUCAGCCCUGCUCUCCCUGGCCACUGAUGACUCAAGCUUCAGAAAGUCUCCAAAAAGCCCAGCUUCUCCAUUCUGUUGACAAGACAAUCAGAAUUUAAGUUGCCACAGCAGUCCAGCCUUACCAGCAU